AUGAUCAAUACAACAGAAACGGAGGAAGAAGAAGAGGAUAUUCCAUUUCCGUUAUAUCUAGUGGUAAUAUUCGGUAUCACAAUAUCUUUGUGCGUAUUUUUUGGCUUUGUUGGAAACUUAUUGACAAUUCUAGCCUAUAUUCGUGAUAAACAACUCCAUUCCGUCUACAACGCAUUUUUAUUAAAUCUCGCGAUAACUGACAUUCUACUGAGUACCAUUAGCAUGCCGUUUUACGCCGUGUAUACACUGGAAACAUACACAUGGCCAUUUGGUUACCAUUUCUGUAAAAUGUACAUGCUUAUAGAUUUUACCCUAUGUCUAGAAUCUGUAUUAAUGAUGAUGGUUAUCAGUAUAGAUCGGUUAUUGUUGCUAAAAUUUGGACCUCAUUACUCUUCAAAAGUCACAAUGAAAAAGGCCGGUAUACAGAUCGGUGUCACGUGGGUAUUGGCAUUCCUGUUAUAUGGACCGGCUAUUAUCGGGUGGGACAUUUGGACAGGUGAGAAUAUUGUUGAAGAAGAAGAUUGUGAUGUACAAUUUGCAUACGACACAGCAUUUACCACUGCAACAGCUUUUAUAGAAUUCGGGAUUCCGUUUUGUUGUAUUGUUAUAGUAAACGGUCUUAUCUAUAACGAGAUAAGAAAGAGAAGUAAGGUUGGUGUUAAUGCAAGCAAGCCCUCAAAUCACAACAAUAACAAGCCUAAACGUGAAGUUAAAGCUGUCCGAUUUUUAGCAGCCUUGGUUGUAGUGUUCUUUGUUACAUGGGUACCAUAUACUAUCACCACUAUCAUCAUAGCAUUCUGUGAAGAAUGUGUCAACGAAAAUCUAUAUGAAAUUUUUAACUGGGUUCUAUGGUCCAAAGCAGCCAUGAAUCCUUUUCUGUACGCAUACAACAGUACGAGAUUUAGGAAAAACUUUUCAGAAAUGAUUCCAUGCUUCAAAUCAUUUGGAGUCUCUAAAGUAAAAGAGGAACAUUCGGUAACACCUAACGCAGUUGCAGUAACGACUAACACAGAUGAUAUAACGCCAAACACAUCGGCAGUAACGCCUAACAUAUCUACAGUAACGUCUAACAUAUCUACAGUAACGCCUAACAUAUCGGCGGUAACGACUAACACAGAUGCUAUAAAGCCAAUCUCAUCUGCAGAAACGCCUUACAUAUCAGCAAUAGCGGCUAACAUAUCUGCAUCAACGACUCUCAAAGUUGGAGUUAAGCCUUACACCGUUGCAGUAACGACUAACACAUCUGAUGUAACGAAUAACAUAGUUGUUUAG